AUGGAACCAUUGGGUGAGCGCAAAUCUAGAAGUGCCAAUGGAACUAGAACUGCUGUUGGUGUUGUAGGUGCUGCACCUGCUGCAGAAAAACUGCUCCAUCCUUCCUGGGAGGCUAAGAAACAAGCAGAAGCGAAAAUGAAAAACGUCAAGUUCCAGGGUAAGAAAAUCACUUUUGAUUAA